AUGCAACAAAUUGAUCGAUUUAAAUUAAUUCAUGGAACAAUUUUAUUAUGUGAUAAAAAAUUUGAUAAUAUUAAUGAAAUUUUAAAUACAAAAUCUAUACAAUAUAUGAAAAUCAAAUUAAUGCUUAAACAUUCAAAUACAAUAACAAAUAAAGAUGAAUAUAUUAUUAUUGAUGAUCAACUUAAUAAAGAAAUAAAACAAAUAUUAAAAUGA